AUGAUGAUACUCCAACACGUCCUCGCGCUCCUGGUGGCAGCCGCACCUCUCGCCCUGGCAGAGCCGCAAACCGCCGCCAUCUACAUCCAGCCCAUCACCCCCUCAUCCUCCUCGCCGACACCCCCGGCCCCGCUCGCCGAGAUAACCUACGACCCGGCGGAGGCGAGCGACCCGACGGCGCAGGUGACGUCCUUUGAGCCGCCAGAGCUGCCCGAGUCGACAUCGCUCGUGCGCAUAGGCGUCUUCGACGCAGCGGCCGACGCAUGGCUGUCGUCGACGUCGGUCGCCAGCGUCGACAACUUUAGCAAGGGCUACUCGCCGCAUUUUGUGCUCACCCUCGGUCCGGCCGUUGGCGGCGACGGGCCGAUAGCCGUCAUCGGCGCCGCCGUCAAGGGCGUCAAGGUCGAUGCCGGCGCGACCCGGGAUUUUGGGCCGCAGGCAGUCCUGGUGAGCGGCGAGCGGGCGCCGCAGCCGGCGCUGAACCGGCCGGUCGUGCUCAACAAGGACGGUGCUGGUCGGGGUGGAGAGGUUGAGGAGAAGACGUUUUUGCAAAAGUACUGGUGGGCAUUGGGACUGUUGGCGUUCAUUAUGAUUACAGGUGGUGGGCCGGAUAAAUAG